AUGGCUGGUCCUUUUGCACAAAAAUGGGGUCGAUUCAUUCCUAUGAUUGGGUACCACCAUGUAUUGAUGAUCAUUAUCGCGGUUGCGAUUAUCCUAUUAUCACUCCUGUUGGCCGGUUGCUCUUCAUCAUCCCCACAAAUACCUGACAUCUUCCUCAUCUCUCUAUACUAUGAGCGCUAUGAUCCUAUACGGGAUCUCGCCCAAGUCCAGCCAGAUGUCCAUCUUCCCAUCUCCCGUAUCGUCGGUGGCGCAGAGAUGGAAGUCCGGGUGGGAUACUUCGGUAUUUGUAUUCAGCCAGACGGGGGUUCUUUUAUCUGCAAUGCCAACGCGACGGCCCUGGCUGAGAUUGUCACUGUGGAUCAAGAUCCCCUCAACCUUAUCUGGGUGGCAUCGACGUUCAAGGACGCUGUUGUGUUCCCAUAUCUCCUGAUUGUCGCUGUCAUUCUUGCAUUCUUCUGUUUCAUCCUUCUAGCAACUUUCCCCGGUUGGCACGAGGAGGUCGACGACUCUGGAUCUGAGCGUGAGGUCAAGCCUUUCCCCUCACGACCCGUCUCACAAGCUGCACUAGCCCUCAUUUUCGUGUCCUCGGUUUUUGUCCUCGUAUCUGUACUAUGGCAACACACAGCAUCUGUCGCUGCAAGUACGAUAGCCCAAGACAUGGGCAAUGGGAGUGUGAAAAGCGGCGUCGGCUCUUCUGCAAUGGUGCUUGGCUGGUUUGGCUUUGUCCUGCUGGUCAUAGUAACUGUUGGCCUGUUGGUCAUGAUAUUGAGUAUCAGUCUGAUCCGCAAACUGACCGAUGAGGAAUAA